ACGCUGGGCACAGCAAGGGAACCGCUGGCUCUGUGGCUUCCCUGGGCUUUCCAGUUCAAUUUUAAACUCCAGGUAAAUAUCACAGGCAGCCUAUCAUGAAGCUGGUAACUGUCUUCCUGCUGGUGGCCCUCAGCAUUUGCAGUUACUCUGCUACUGCGUUCCUUUUCCCCAAGUUACCACUUCCCGCCAACAAUUUACCUUUACCUCUGGACAGCGUGCUCCCUUUCCUGGAUCCAUUAAAACAGCUUCUGAAAACUCUGGGCAUUUCUGUUGAGCACCUUGUGGAAGGGCUGAGGAAGUGUGUGAAUGAGCUUGGACCAGAGGCCUCUGAAUCUGUGAAGAAACUGCUGGAGGCCCUCUCACAUUUGGUGUGACAGCAAGAUGAAGUGAGAGUGGAGAUGGAGGAGGGGAGCGCUUCCCUUCCCCCUGGCUGUAACUCAUUCCAUCCAGUUAUAAGCAAACCACCCUAAAGCAUGUAACUCCUGAAAACAACGAAUAAAGCAAUGAAUA